GACAAGACAUUUUGUACUGGAAGUCUAUAUAUAGAUGCGCUUGAGGCUGUAUAUGCGCAUAUGCUGUGAGAUGAUAAAAGAACUGAGGUUGUUCAAAGUCUGAUGUGUGACCAGCAAUUAUGAAGACCACACAGAAUACAGACCAAAGGAAAAGAAACUCCAGUUAUGCACAUCCCCCUGAUGUCAACAUCAACCCGGUGCCUCCCGGUGCCUUCACCUGCGUGCCACCGCCAUUUGGAACCGCACAAGCUAUCCUAUUAAGACUAGCCCAACUUGAGGCUCAACUGGUCUUAAACCUGAUAAAUAACCUUACAACUGGAAAUCAAAGUUUUGGGAAUCCCUUUGUCCUUCCGUAUCUCCUGCAGGCUGCUCAAAGAACCCCAUAUUUGUCCAUGUAUCAACCCCCAAGUGUUGUUGCCCUUUCUCAUCUACAUAGACAAAAUGUAAAUUCUACCACACACACGGUUAACCCUCCUUCGUCGAAUGGUACAAUGGUGUCAUCAGUGACAGAAAUAAGAGCGCUCACCGCGGAGGGUCACUUUCAAGCAAAAGAGGUCUUUCAGGAGGCAGCAAGUAACACAACGCAACCAAUGCAAUCUACAAAGCCACUUGACCAAAAUUUCUCCAGUAGGUCAAUGAAUGCCAUUAAAAGUCCCACCAAUGUCAUGACACCACUUGAUAGACAGGUUUUAAACACUUUGGACAUGGGAGAAAAAGAGCGACAUCCAGUGCUACACCUUCCAUCGGAAAGUCUGAGGAAAGCUUUAGCCAGCCUUGAUCUUUCUCUAGAAGACCUAGAAUUACUGAGUCACUGCCCAGAAGAUCAUCUAACACAAGAGAUGCUCCCCCUUAUUAUACAAGACAUGCAAAAGCGUAAAGGAGCGAAGGCCAUAAAACAGACGUCGCCUAAAACAUGCAACAUGCCAAGGGUCAUUGAAUAUGGCCAUGUUAGCAAGACCUCUGAUCGAGCAGAGUCACGAAGAAAGUCAUCAUACACUUAUGAUAUGCAUAAUGGCAGAGGAAAUCUGAAAAUUAAGCAUAGUCAAUUGCAGAAAGAACAGUCUGCAACUCCUUUCUCGUACACUUUACAUAAUCCCUAUGGACGCCUGUGUGAUUCCCAUACCCACGGAUCGCUCAGACGCGAAAGAUUCAUUGCACAUGAUUUUAUUUAUAAGAAUUUGUCUCCUCAGUCUAGAACACUGAAAAGAGAUUCAUCAGGAAGCAGAUCGAAAAUCUUCCCUAGGAGGCUACAACAUGGACACGCUGAGGUUACCAGAAAGAGACCUGGUUCUGUCUGUAACUCAUCCUCCGGCUUAAGACAUAGCCUUAUUUCUCCAGGCCAUAUUAAGACAAGAAAUGUUAUGUCUUCUAAUGUCAUGACAAAAGGUCAUGAUGAGCUGUCAUUUACAACUGUGACGUCAGAAAGAAACACUGAAUCCGUCAUCAUUCAGACACCAGUAGACAUGGAAAAUGGAAAAACGUCAACUAAAACUCGAGGUGUGAUUCGUUUGUCUCGAAUCCCUCUUGAUUUCUCUGAGAGUGAACUUAUUAAAAUGGCAUCUCCCUUUGGUAAACCUGUCGAGGUUCUAAUGGCAACUGAGGUUGACAUGGUAACUCGUCUAGAAUGGAAAAAGGCUUUAUUGUUUCUUCCAUCUGAGAUCUCAGCCAAGGAGAUGGUGAAGGUUUACUCUGCUAUCCCACCUCACAUGAGACAGCAAAGCUUGGAGCUGGUUUCCCAAAGUCUAUACCUCACUUCAUCUGUGUCAGUGUUUCAUGCUUUUGUAGGACCAGCAACGUCAAAUGGGCUGCUCACUCCUGUAGAUCAUUUGCUGGUUGUAUGUAAUGUCCCUCAUGAGCCCUGUGCUGCUACAGGAGUAUUGCGGCUACUAAAACCUUUUGGACACGUUUUCAGAACGCUAGUGUUUAAUGGAAACAAGGUGGAUGUUGACCAGUGCCUUCGGAACAAUAACUGUAUCCAGAUGGUUUUAGAGAUGGAAUCUGCUGCGGUUGCUUUAUCUGUUUAUGAGUGGUCUCAAAAAAUUCCUUGCAUUUAUCACAACCAUCAUUUAUCUAUUAUCAGAGGAUCUACUAUAGAGCAAAAUACACCUGAGGUGAAAUCUACGUAGGCUAAUAUCAAUAAUGUUACAUUUCUAUUAAGCAUGGUUUAUUUAAUCAUCUGUUAUUGUUUAGUAUAGUAUAUUGUAUUUGCAUUUGGUCUCAAUAGAACACGAUCAAAGUGGUGUCAAUGUUUUGACUUUCAACUUUUAUAACGUUUUAAAACGUUACUUUCUCCUACAAUAAGCUUGGACACAGGGUUUAGUGACAGGUUGUAAACGCAAUCUCGUAAUGCAACGUUAUGUUCACGUGCUUUCUCAGAAGGUGGGUUUUAAUCUUUGGGAUGUUAAAAUACCGCGUUCCCUGACCGGGAAUCGAACCCGGGCCGCGGCGGUGAGAGCGCCGAAUCCUAACCACUAGACCACCAGGGACAUAUAUAUAAUCAUUAGAUUAUGUUCUGUGUUUUCUUGUUUAUAUCGGUGUGUCACUGACUUUUCUGCAGAGAUGGCUUAAGAAGACGAGCUGAGUAUAUCGUCAGAAAAUGUCUGACACAUGUCUGUAUGACGUUACUUCAGCCAUUUCGUCAUUGGAAAUUCUGUUUAGUUGUACAUGGUGAUAACUUUGUUUUAUGCCUAACGUUGGCGUAAGUGUGUGUGUUGGCACUAAAUUGUUGUAUAACCACCUGGGUUGAUCUAUUUCUAUUUUUAAUAACUGAGUGUCAGAUCUAGAUCUGGGUUAAUUACUUUCUGAAUUUGUUUUAUCUAUUUUCUAAAUCCAAUAUCUAAAUGUGACCACUUAAUUUCUUUUGACCUAAAUUAUAAUGAAAGACUGGUCCGUUUGGUUAGAAUUAAUUUGCGUGAUUUAAUUUUAUAAGAACAUUUACAACUGCUCUAAUGUUUUCGUAUAAUGAUUAACAGUACGCGUUCAUUUGGUAACGUUAGUUUGUUGUCUUUCGGUGCGUUCCUAACGGGAUAUAUUGUCACCCGAAAGGCCCUUCGGUAAGAGGACACCAUAUAAAACGUCACUCCGAAUAAAGAGAUUAUGUUGUUUCUAUUGCUCCUUAUGCCAAGUAAUUUUUUUACGGACAGAGUAGGAGAUACAAUUGCGUUUUCCAUCUUGAGUUUACACAUCAACAGCUUUACUCUUCGAAGGGAGUAGGGCAUAGGGAUGAUCACUUCGGAAUGGAACGCAGGGCGUCUAGCUUUUUUCUACUUCCAGUAUUUCAGUACAAAUUAAAAGUUCAGUUAAAAGUCAGAUUUCCUGAAUCCUAACACAUUCAUUUAUGAAGAGUGUUUGUAGGCCCUCUUAUAAAAAUACACAUUAAAAAAUAUAUUUUACAAUGUAAAAUAUUUUUUAUAAUAAAAUUUCUCGGAAUACGUUUUA